AACUUCCAUAGAAGGCCUGGACACGCCACUGAAGAAUGCCAUUUCCUCAAAAAGAUGGAAGGAGAGAUGAAGGACAAGGAACCGAAUGCCAAUCAGGAGCCGAACCAAGGAGGUAAUGUUUGGCGUAGGGACGCCCAACCUCAACAACAAGUCCAGGAGAACCCGGAAGAAUUUCCCCAAGUAGGAGUCAUCUUUGGCAGUCCAGAAACAGGAGUCACAAGCAAGGAGAGGAAGGAAUGGGCUCGCAAGCUGUAUGUGGGGUCCAUUGACAUAGGCCAAGCGGCCAAGAAAGGAAGGAGGGAGCCCAUUGUCUUCUCGGACGAAGACUUACCACUCAUUCUUAGUCCUCAUCGGACCCCCUGUGUCAAUGUGCUGUACUGGGAAGCCGCCCAGCAAUUGGGAAUCAGGAAGGAAGAUCUCACAAACCUUAACAUGCCCUUGUCCGGCUUCAUUGGAGAUAUAAUUGAACCGGAAGGGUCCAUUAAAUUGGACAUCAUCAUAGGCGAGCAUCCUAAGGUGAGGCAUAUGAGGAUGGAUUUUGUAGUGGUCGACAUCAAAUGCGCUCACAAUGCCAUCUUAGGGAGGCCUGGGCUAGAGGACUUGGGAGGUGCACUAUCCCUUGAGCACCUGUGCUUCAAGUUUAGGACUCCCGAAGGUGUUGGGAGGGUCCUUGGUGAUCAGCCCGCGGUCAAGAAGGCCUAUCUAAGCGCCUGUAAGAAGAUAGACAAGGAGAACCUCAACAUCCAAACCAUUGGGCAUGUUUUGGAAGAUAAAGAAAAGAAGGAGGAAGACCGGGAGAGGCCUAAGCCAGCUGUGGAAAUGGAGGAAGUGGUGCUAUUCCCGGAAGGGGAUUAAGAAAAGGUUGUGAGGAUCGGUUUAGGGCUAGAGGAGGAUACCCGUGAAGAGAUAAUCCGAGUAUUAAGAGAAGACUCGGUCCUCUUUGCAUGGGAAUCCAAGGAUAUGCCCGGAGUCGAUCCCUCAGUCAUUUGCCAUAAGUUGAACAUCAAGAUGGACUCCCUCCCGGUCAAGCAGAAGAAAAGAUAUCUGUCCAC